AUGUUCAUGAUUUCGAAGCCGAACAUCUAUUGUGGUGGCAACGCCUCGUUCGCCUCGUCAUCUUGUCAGAGCGAGUACGAUGGAAAGACCGAGUGCAUGCUGGAGUCGAAGAAUUCUGCGAUCGGCGGCCUGCGCGGCAUUCUCCGCCGCAACUCGUCAACUCACACGCAGCUCGCCGAUUCGGUCGUCUGCCUUGCCGAUGCGUCACAGAUUGAGAUCAAUUGCGAAUCGCACGCUCGCGUUCCGUUCUACGUUCGCGUCGAAGUUCCGACUGGAGAAGUUGGAAUUCUCCAUUUCAACGCCGAACAUGUGACAAAUGUCUUCACACCGACCGAACACGGAUGUGGACAUGGCAUCUGGAAGUUCAAAGUGUGCUCAAAGUCGCACGGAAAGGAACAAAUUCACAGCGAGAAGACCAUGAAUCUCGACGGCGUUGGAAUUCUGUUCUUCGACAUCUACGAAGACCUCGAGAUUGUCCUCAAGCAGAAGGAGUUCCUCCUCAUCAGCCACUGCCACAAGAUAAAGCAUUAA